GUGAGCGAAGGCAGUGGGCAAGCAAGUUUGAACUCCUGGAGCGGCGCUACUCCCACACGGAGCAUUGCUCCAGCUGCUUGAAUGCCCUCCAUGCGGCGGAGACGCUGGGGAAGCUGGCUGAAGUGACAGUGCUUUUGGGCGUAUUGAGCAUCUCUUUGUUUCCAAACUUUGCGGGGCCCUUGGCGGCGCUGACGUUGCUGAGCUACAUGAUGAAGCAGGCUUGCAGCGGCCUGCAGCAGCAGCUCACGGUGGGAGAGUAUCCGCCUCCCAGAAACCAGCAGUGA